GUUUUGCUGAUUCAGUGUACUCUGUAGGCGUGCUUAGAGGAUUGUCAUUGUUGCAGCGAUUUCUAGGUGAAAAUUUUCAAACGGUGUCGUUUUUGUUGAUUUGCUCGUGAGGAUUGGUUAGGGUUUGAUGGAUUCCGUGGUUGAGAUUCAACCGGAGAUUGGAUCUGACGGUGUGGGAGUGAAAAGGUUGGCUGAUGAUGUGGAAUUGGAAGAACCAGCUCCGAAGAAGGCGAGGGGUGUGGUGAUUGGGAAUACGAAGAAGGUUGCUGAAAUGGUGCUUGUACUUGCUGCUUUGGGAAAGAUAAGAGGGGGUAGGGUUCCUACUGCUGCUGAGAGGGAAAUGAUGACAGAGGCAAGGGAAAAUUUGGCUCAGGUAUGCCAAAGUUUUGCACCCAAGGAUGUGUUUCCAAGAGAUGCUUUUGGUGCUGUUAUUGAGGAUCUCGGUCUUAACAAGCUGAAGGAUCAGAGGCUAGGAUUUCGCCCUCCUAAAGUGUCCAUUGCUGAGAAGUUACAGAUAGCCAAAGAAAAGUUGGAAAAAACUGAGGAAUUUUCUGUACCCGCUGCUACAUAUUCAUCUCAACGGCCUCAAUCUAAUAUGGCUGCAACAAUUGAAAACCGUGGUCCAUCACAUGUUCGUAUGUUUCCUCACAAUAAAGCAAGUCAUGUGGUAAAUCCCUCAGGAAGCUUCCAAUCUGCUUCGCCUUUGGUUCAUGGAACUCCGGCAAGUUCUGCACCAUUACCUUAUCAGCUGCCUACCAGUGAGGUCAGACCAGUAAUUUCUAGUGGAGUGGUCUCUGGUAAUCCAGUAAGGGAUUCUUCUCUAGUUGCAUUGCCCAGAGUUGACAGGCCGAGUUUCAGAAUGGAUGGACGACCAAAUGGAUCUUCCCAUAUGUUGCAAGUUCAAGCAACUUCUGGAGAUCAUUCAGCUAUAAGAACUCCAACCUGGUCGGUGCAACCUGCAUCAGUUGCAGCAGCUAAACGUGGACCAGAUACCAGGGUGACAGCACAGACAGGUAACAAAGUUGAGGGAGGAACUGAUGCCAAAUCGCAAAUGACAGCAUCUAGGCCAUUUAUCACUCAGACCACAGCUGGAAAUCUACCAACUACACACCCACACUUACAAGGGGCAAGCUUUGUCAAGUCUCCUUCUCUUAGCAGUACUCAUGCUGAAAUUGGCAAGAUUGUUCAGAAGUUUAUUCAACCGCGCCUCUCUGAUCGGCCUGCUUGGACUCCGCCGUCUCGCGAUUAUAUUAGUAAGGCUUUGACUUGCCAAAUGUGCAAGUCAACGGUAAAUGAGGUUGAUAAUGUUCUUGUUUGUGAUGCUUGUGAGAAAGGGUAUCACUUGAAAUGUCUCCAGAUGACAAAUCAAAAAGGAGCUCCUAGAGGGGAAUGGCAUUGUGGAAAGUGCUUGUCGAUGACCAAUGGAAAACCCCCGCCUCCUAAAUAUGGUCGUGUAAUGAGGAAUUUUAAUGCCCCUAGAAUAUCUACAAUUGCAUCAGCAGUUCAAUCAUCACCGGAUAAAAAAGCUUCUGGUAUAUAUGAGAAGGUUAUUCUACAGAAGUUUGUAGCGAAUGGAAAGGUUCCUCUGAAGAACUCUCCUCCCGUUACUAUGGAAAAUAAUGAUAGGAAUCUAAAAUCUGAGCCAAUGAUGGAAAAUGAAAAAGAAAUGGGAGGAAAUAUUAUUGUGUCGGGUAAAGAAAAUAUGGAGAGUAAAGAUUCCAUGAGAUCUUGUUCAAAUAAUCUGACUGUAUCUUCCAAUGAUCAGUAUCUUUCUACAUCUGCUGGUUCACCAGUUAAUACAUCUUGUGAAGAAAAAGUGGUUGAGUUGAAACCUCAGGCUCAUCCUGAAACAGUUUGCCAUUCAUCUGAUCCCUCUCAAGCUCUUAAUCACCUGCAAACAAGUGACCAUGAAGAGGUGGAAAACACUGCUGCGAUGCCAUCAAAGCAGUUUUGUGAAACUCAGCCCAUGGUCAGUAGAUCAAAUGUAGGUAACAGUUCAAGUAAUGAAUCUAAAAACGAAGAGCAAGCUGUUGAAAAAAUAAAUCCGGCUGAAACUGCUGUAGCGACCAAUGAGGAUGCUGAGUGUAGUAGCUCAUCAUCUGAUCAUUUUCAAAAUGUUGACUGGAUUGGAAACGUUCUUCAAGUUGCAGAUGACAAGUAUUAUUAUCAAUCUUGCCGCAUUAAUGGAUUCAUAUAUAGUGUUCAGGACUAUGCUCUUAUCCGUUUUGAGAAUGAGAGAUUGAUUCCUUCAAAGCUUCUGGCCAUGUGGGAGGACAAAAAAGCGGGAACAAAGUGGGUUACUAUCAAUCAAUGUUACUUUGCACGUGAAUUACCACAGUCUGUAGGCCGCCCAUGCUUGGAGAACAAUAAUGAGGUUUACUUGUCUACUUAUAGUAGCAUAGUUAUGGCUGGCUUGAUACAAGGUCCGUGUGAAGUACAUCCUCCACGAAAGUUUGCCGAGGAAAGUGAGAGGAGAGCUCGCCUAGCAAAGGGGUCUAAUGAUGUAUCACGACCUCUUUACAUAUGCAAAUGGAUUUAUGAUGAGUCAAAAGGGCUAUUUCGUGAUGUCUCUUGUUGAUAGGGGUCAGCCGAUAAUUAUCUUUCUAUUGCAACUGCUAUUGGCUCGUGUCUUUUGUCAGCUUGUUGCAGCACUGGUUGCCCUUGACAUUUGUGGAGGAAGUCUCAGAUGGUGUGCAAUAUUUAGCUUUAGGUCCGAUCUGUAUCAUUCUUCCGGUAGUUAUUUGUGUCCUGUCCAUCCAAUUCUUUUCUAUUUUUAUUAGAUGAUAGCAAUUUCAAAAGGUGAGAAAAGUAGGUUGAUGAAUUUCAUUCAUCCAGCAAAGUAUGAAAUACAAACGUCUUUGCUUUUAACUUUCUAUUUUCAAGUGUCACAGCUCUCAACUCAGCUGUGACCCCCUCCCUCCUUCCCCCUGGAUUGGUGCAGACGCUGUCAAAACUCAGAAGGUUGUCGUUAGUGGCGUUGAUUGGCUAUCUAUACUAGACUCAAAUGUUAUACUG